UUUCCUCCUUAUUUUCUUCUCCUGUAGCAUGCCGGCAUACCGUUUGGAGGGAGGAGAGGUCCGUUUGCCUUUUAUUACGUCUACCGCUGAAGCAGGAAACAGGAGAAAGCAGAAAUGGCUGGAAAUUCCGUCUCCAACAAUUUGGGACCUUCAGGACCCGUGAAUGGCGAGAAGUUGAGUUGGGCUGUUUCCCCUUCCACUGCUUUCAACCACUUUGGUGCCAGUGGAGUUUCCGUCGCAGUAGCAACUGCAAUUACUCAUCCUCUAGAUGUACUGAAAGUCAGGCUGCAAAUGCAACUAAUUGGCCAGAGAGGUCCUUUGAGUGGAAUGGGGCAACUGUUUUUGCGAGUAUUGAAAAAUGAAGGACCAAGGUCUUUGUAUCUGGGUUUGACACCUUCAUUAACAAGGUCAGUUGUUUAUGGAGGCCUCCGCUUGGGCUUGUAUGAACCCUCUAAGCAUGCCUGUGAUCUUGCUUUUGGCUCCACCAAUGUUUUAGUUAAAAUUGCAUCUGGAGCAUUUUCUGGUGCUUUUGCAACCGCACUGACCAAUCCAAUGGAAGUUCUGAAGGUGCGUUUGCAAAUGAAUCCAGACAAGAGAAAGGGAGGACCUCUUCUAGAGCUUCGGAGGACUAUAUCUGAGGAGGGAAUCAAAGGCCUUUGGAAGGGAGUGGGCCCUGCUAUGGUCAGAGCAGCUUCCUUGACUGCAUCACAGCUGGCUGCAUAUGACGAAACCAAGCAAAUCUUAAUCAAGCGGACACCUCUUGAAGAAGGAUUUCAUCUGCACCUGUUCUCAAGUACUGUGGCAGGGAUAGUGAGCACCCUAAUAACUACUCCUAUGGAUAUGAUCAAAACUCGUCUCAUGUUGCAACGAGGAUUCAAAACUGCUGGGGGCUAUAAAAACGGAUUUCAUUGCGCAUACCAGGUCCUGCUCACAGAAGGCCCAAGAGCACUGUAUAAAGGGGGAUUUGCGAUAUUCGCAAGACUAGGGCCACAAACCACACUUAGCUUAAUGUUAUGCGAGGAGCUACGGAAGCUUGCUGGAUUGAAGGCAAUCUAGCAACCAGGUUGCCUCUGAUGAUUUUUGAAGUGCCAAAGCAGACGAGUCCCAGUUCGGGAAGAUUAUUUUAGUUAGUUAUUCUCUUUAGUUUCACACCUAAUAUUCGCAAUUCAUAAAGAGCCCCUCAAUUCAAUUUUAUCAUAUUGUCUCCAUGUUCCCCAUUUCGGGGGGUAUAGUCCUGCUCCUGCCCAAUCAGAGUAGGACCGUGUUCAUUGUAUAAGGGGAAAAGGAGGUACAAAUAUAAUAUAUGGUGAUUUUGGAUUACCCACCCAGGAAAAAAGGGUUUGGUUUUUUUUUUUUUUUGGUGGGGUUGGUGUUGUUGUCACGAUUACCACUUUGGUGGAUCUCAUGAAGAAUUAUGCAAUGAAUCAAAUUUUGCUA